AGGUACCUAAGUCCUAUCCUACCAACUUAAAUCCGAGUGAUCUAAUGUUUAAAUUUUCCAAUUUUAAAUUUAUCUAAGCAGGUUACUUGAUCUGUCAACAUUUCAAAAUCAGUUGUUUACCGUGUGUUUUUCUUCUUCUGGAUUUUGAACCAUUCCCCCAAAUAUCGUAAAUGGAAAAUUGUUCCAACCUCCAACAAACCAAAUUUGACAGUACUUAUCAGCCUCAAUUGGUGCUAAAUCAGAACGAUCUGUCGAUGAUGAUUGCCGAAAGUGCUUCUCCAGCUGCAAGUUCAACUCGGCGAGAAGAAACCUGUUCCAAAGCUCGUCCCAAACUGAACGAACCACUCGAUCGUACCCAGCUGAGAUCCCUUCUGGAUCGAUCCGGUAUCGAUCAACGGAUUAACUACGCGAUUGAUGAAACAAUAAGAUCUGCCCAAACCCCAUCGGAAAUUUCCAUGAACAGGCUGUUUGAUUCCUGCAUGUCUACCGUUAUCCUGAUAGCGAGUGGAGACAUGAACGUCUCAAAUGAACAUCUGACCUACAGUGAAGGUUUCCUGAGAAGCGUUCGAGAUCGAUAUGGAAAUCACCCACCUAAUGUAACCAAAUUGUUGCGGAUCAUUCGAAAUAUUCGACAGGAAAGAACUAACAAGGAUGGUACGGACAGUAUUGGGGGAGACGUGUUUCAGGAAACCUUCAACGAUAAUAUUCCGGAAAAUAUAACUCUGACCAAGAUUCCUGCACCGACAGCAAAUGGAACGAUACAUUAGCAUUGAAAAUGACGAAAAACAAAGCAUCAAACAGGACGUAAACAAGACGAAAAAAGCACAAACUGUCACAAUUCACCUUUUUGUAGGUGACUGAAACUUUGUUUUAAGAAAAUUUACAAAAGCAUUCGAAUACAAUGCAAUCAAUGGUGGUUGGUAAUUUGUGUGGGUUAGCGCGUUUGACGUUUGAAACGGUUCAACAGGUUUUAGACUCAUACCUCGACCGACGAUGGCAUGUACUGGAGACCGCUGAGUUUUGUCUAAAGUAUACAAUGUGCACCGACUAUUCCCGAAGUUAAUUUUGGACAAAUUUUGGGUUUUGUUGUUGUUGGCGAAACAUGACAUUAUCGAGGCAGUAGAGAAGAAAAUGGAAGAAGAAAAAAGAAUGGGGAACCAAAACAGAUCAAAACGAAUUCCAGAAAAGUAAAACUCAAACUCUUCUACUCUGUACAACUGUGGGUGAAUCGGAAAACAACCAAUUCCAAAUUUACCAUGAUGUUUUGCUCGAUGAUGCCGGGAUCGUCGCAGACGGAUUCCACGAAGAACAGCUUGUAGCCCAUUUUGUGCACGAUGAUCUCCCGAAUCAUACGCCGGCGAUCCCGCGUGGAGUUGGUGGCGUCGAAUACCUGGAAAUAGGA